AGCUUCGAUACAGAAAACAGAGUAUCUAAAGAAAAUUGCAGAGAAAGUCUCGCUUAAGUCAAGUUUCUGAACCUACGAAGACCUCAUUUCUCUUUCUUUUUUCAAAGCCUUUUUCUUUUCUUCUUGAGAGAGUAGUUUUUGGGUUUUUCGGUUUUAGUUUGGGUUUUGUUGAUUCUGUAGCUGUGGAGGUGCAUGGAUCAAAGGAAUCGCAAAAUGUAAGGGAUGCGCGCCUUUAAAGGUUAUAGAUGAGCUUCUAUUUGAUCAAGACGGUGACUGUGAGCUGGUUUUAAUUCUAUUUAAUCGCAUAUGGCAUCUACCCGUGUGGUGGCAGUUAGUUCGGUAGAUGGAAAAACUGGUGGCAAUGCAAUGUUGGUGAAUAAACUUCCGGAAGAGAUCCAUGAGAUAAAGAUCAAGGAUGAGAAAGUAGAAAAGGAAAUGGAAGAAAUGAUGGUGGAUGGAAGGGGAACUGAAACUGGACAAAUUAUUGUGACAACUAUUGGUGGAAGAAAUGGUCAACCGAAGCAGACCAUAAGUUAUGUGGCGGAGCGUGUUGUUGGUCAAGGCACUUUUGCAGUUGUAUUUCAGGCCAGAUGCCUAGAAACUGGGGAAACUGUUGCAAUUAAGAAGGUUUUGCAAGAUAUGAGGUAUAAGAAGCAAGAUAUGAGGUAUAAGAACCGUGAGAUGCAAACAAUGCGCCUUCUUGAUCACCCAAAUGUUGUUUCACUCAAAAACUGGUUCUUUUCAACCACUGAAAAGGAUGAGCUCUAUCUUAAUUUGGUUCUUGAAUAUGUACCUGAGACUGUUUAUCGUGUAUUGAAGCGCUAUAGCAGAGCAAAUCAACGUAUGCCUCUAAUAUAUGUCAAACUCUAUAUUUACCAGAUCUGUAGAGCUUUGGCUUAUAUCCAUGGUGGAGUUGGAGUUUGCCACAGGGAUAUUAAGCCACAGAAUAUUCUGGUCAAUCCGCAUACACAUCAGGUCAAGCUCUGUGAUUUUGGGAGUGCAAAAGUUCUGGUCAAAGGUGAGCCAAAUAUAUCCUAUAUCUGUACUCGCUCUUAUCGAGCACCUGAGCUUAUAUUUGGGGCUACCGAAUACACAACUGCAAUUGACAUAUGGUCUGCUGGUUGUGUCCUUGCUGAACUGCUUCUUGGACAGCCACUAUUUGCAGGUGAGAGUGCAGUUGAUCAGCUUGCUGAGAUUAUUAAGGUACUAGGAACUCCAACUAGAGAGGAGAUCAAAUGUAUGAAUCCAAACUAUACAGAGUUCAAAUUCCUACAAAUCAAGGCACAUCCCUGGCAGAAGAUAUUCAACAAGCGCACGCCUCCUGAAGCUGUUGAUCUUGUGUCACGGCUUCUCCAAUAUUCUCCAAAUCUGAGGUGUACUGCUUUGGAGACAUUGAUACACCCAUUUUUCGAUGAACUUCGCAAUCCUAAUGCCCGCCUCCCUAAUGGACGCUCCUUUCCUCCACUGUUUAACUUUAAACCACAAGAGCUGAAAGGAGCAAAUGUAGAGAUUCUGUGCAAGCUGAUACCAGAACAUGCUAGAAAGCAAUGCCCCAUCCUUAGCUUAUAGUGUAAGGUUUAUGUUGACGUGUAUGAGGAAAAUGUAGUUGUAACUAUUCACAGACACAAUGUUGUUAAGUGUUGCCCCUCCUAAACUUGUUAAUCUGAGAUCCUGUCUAUGAUCAUUACUUAACAUUGAUUCAUCAUUUAUCAAUAGUUUACUAUCUUCACUUCUAUGAACAUGAUGUUGUCUUCUCUCUUCCUCCUGUGUUAGACAGCUGAACCAGGAUGGCGGGACGGGCUGCAAGGUGCCUUGGUGCUCUUCCUGCUCUGGCUGGGGUCCUGGACUGAGCUUCUAGUUCUCAGGCACUAGUCCCCAUCCAUCGGCAAAAUAGCCUAACCCCGAUUGCCCGACCUAAAAGAAGGGGAAGGUUAUAGCACCAUUAUUAAUGAUAUGAUCACCAAAUUUCGUAAAAUACUGUUUUUUUUUUUUAAUGAUUUUGCCAACUACCUAAAUAGUCAA